AUGCAGAACAAUUCUAGCAGUCAGUAUGCUACUACUCGCAGUUCAAACACAAGCCAGCAGGCCGUGACACACUCUAAUGUUCAAAUACGGACAGAGUCAAAUAGUGGGGGUGUACCACCAGUUUACCGAAUCUCUGAUCCUAUCUACGCCUCAAUACCUGAGGAACAUCGUAGAAAAAAAGCAGGAGGAGGUGGCGGCCAUAUUGUAAGUCCAACAGGAACUUUACAACACAGUCACCACGGCGGCGGAGGACAGCAACAAUACCAAACCACCAGUUCCACUGUCCAGCAGCAACAAUUUCAUCAGAAUUUCUCCAACCAUGAUGGUCUGUCAGUUGAUACUAAUCACAUUGGUACCCUGCCACGAGGUCCUAGCUCUGCUGGAAGCCCUCCAUCGCCAUCUAGUGGUUUGAACACCUUACGGCAUCAACUGACCACCUCUCAUUCUAUGACUGGUGGUGCCCUCUCACCUGGUCCUCAUUCUAUGACAGGUCAGAGUUCACCGAGCGUCUAUUUUGGAUUGUCACGUCGUGGAAGCCUAUCAUCUUUAGCAGGGUAUACUAGUAAUAAUAAGUAA